GGAAAUGACAUUAAGGUAAAAAUCGAAGGUUUGGGAGAAAGAGAAGGAGAAGGAAGCGUGAUCCUAGCAGCGGAAGGCGCGAGCGAAUCGAGGGAAAUGAUACACUGUGUGCUACUCAUUAGUCGUCAGGGGAAGGUCAGGCUCACAAAACUUUGUGCGACGUAGGAACCCUUGGCAGCCGCUGCUAUCUCCGGAUGUCAACUAGGUUUGAGGGUAUGGGAAGGUAAACUUCUCCGAGUUAACGAGUUGACUCGCGAUCUUGAUAACAUUGUUCGCAACCAUUAGGGAGCAAGUUGUUUUUGACACUGAUGCUGCACGGAAGCAAAAGAGUAACUUUGAAUGCUUCAAGAUUUCUCUAUCUCUCUAGUUUCCCUUGUCUUCUUCACACGAUGGGUACUUCCAUAGUCACUAGCACACACACAGACGACGCUGAGACGCACAGCAACGGGACGCAGUUCUUGAUUUUCAUGAGACACCAAUGCAGGGCAGGUCAAGUGAAGAACUUUGAUGAAGCUUUGGACUUGUUUCAAAGAAUGGCUAGAAUGAAGCCUGUGCCUUCUGUGAAGGACUUUACUUUAUUGUUGGGUGUUAUUGUGAGGUUGAGGCAUUACACCACUGCCAUAUCUUUGGUUAAGCACAUGUAUUCUGCUCUAGGCAUAGAACCUGAUACCAUUACUCUUAAUAUUGUGAUCAACUGUCUUUGUCGCUUAAAGUUGAUAUCUUUUGGGUUCUCCGUCUUGGGGACCAUGUUCAAACUUGGUUUGGAGCCCACUGUGAUGACUCUUACCAAUCUCAUUAAUGGGCUUUGUGUGCAAGGCAAUGUGGCUCAGGCAGUGGUGUUGGCUGAUCAUAUGGAGAAAUUGGGGUAUCCAUUAGAUGUAUACACUUAUGGGGUGUUGGUUAAUGGGUUGUGUAAGACGGGAGACACUUUGGUGGCAAUUCGAUGGUUAAGGAAGAUGGAGGAAAGGAAUUGGAAACCUAAUGUGGUAGUUUACAGCAGUGUUAUGGAUGGUUUGUGCAAGGAUGGAUUGGUAUAUGAGGCAUUAAAUUUGUUCUCUGAAAUGGGUGCAAAAGAUGUCUUGCCUAAUCUUGUCACCUAUACUUGUUUGAUUCAAGGUCUUUGUAAUUUUGGAAGAUGGAAAGAAGUUGGUUCUCUUCUGGAUGACAUGAUGAAAAUGGGAAUGAAGCCGGAUGUCCAAACACUCAAUAUUUUAGUGGAUUCUUUCUGCAAAGAAGGAAAAGUAACGCAGGCUAAAAGUGUGAUUGGGUUUAUGAUUAUAAUGGGUGAGAAACCGGAUGUCUUUACAUAUAAUUCACUGAUUCACGUUUAUUGUUUGCAAAACCAAAUGAAUGAGGCCAUGCGAAUAUUUAAUUUUAUGGUUAACGGGGGCUGUUUACCGGACAUUGCAGUUUUUACUUCACUUAUCCAUGGAUGGUGCAAGAACAAAAACAUUAACAAGGCUAUGUAUCUGUUGGAGGAAAUGGGUAAGAUGGGAUUUGUACCUGAUGUUGUCACUUGGACCACUCUUAUAGGUGGGUUUUGUCAAGCAGGUCAAUCAUUAGUUGCGAAAGAUCUGUUUUUUAAUAUGCAUAAACAUGGUAAAGUUCCUAAUAUUCAAACUUGUGCUGUUAUGUUGGAUGGCCUGUGUAAAGGAAAUCUCCUUUCUGAGGCAGUGUCAUUGGUUGAGGCAAUGGAGAAGAGUAAUUUGGAUCUUAAUAUUUUCAUUUAUAUCAUUUUACUUGACGGAAUAUGCAGUUCUGGGAAAUUGAAUGAUGCAUGGGAACUGUUUUCUAGUUUGCCUGCUAAAGGCUUGCAAAUUGACGUUUAUGCGUAUACCAUUAUGAUUAAGGGUCUCUGUAAACAAGGACUGUUAGAUAAAGCUGAAGACCUGCUGAUGAAUAUGGAAGAGAACUGCCCGCCAAAUAACUGCACUUACAAUGUCUUUGUCCAGGGCUUGCUGACAAAAAAGGAGAUUGCAAGGUCAAUAAAAUACCUUGCAAUUAUGAAAGACAAGGGUUUUUCAGUGGAUGCUGCCACCACAAAACUGAUUAUCAACUAUUUAUCUACUAACAAAGGAGACACUGAAAUUCAAGAAUAUUUGUUUCCCAAAAGAUAGCACAUUUCAAGAGUUUCACUAGAGCUUUAUUCAAAUCUAGUUCAUUCUGGUUUCACAAUUCUUAUUUAUAGGACCCCAAAUUGAGAAUUGGAAUGGUCUCUACGUCAGAACUUAAUUGUUAAGAAUACAAAACCAUUUC